AUGUCUAUCAAAUUCAACCCUGAGAAGAGCGGAGUCAUGGUCUUCUCUCGACCACCAAACGACCAUUCCGAAGAUAAAACUCUUAAGAUACAGGGACUUCCAAUACCAAAGGUGGAUUCCUACAAAUAUCUAGGACUGGUUUUAUCGGCAGACGACGACUAUCUGUCCCAGCACUGGGACCAAACGUCCGAAAAAGCCAACCAAGCAAUACAGAGACUCAACGCGAGAACCCUCUGGAGCUUCAAUAGAUUCGAAGUCUCCAAAAUUCUCUGGAAAGCUACAGCCGUACCGCAACUCACGUACUGCAAUACAGUCAUAACUAUGCCAAAAAGCUGA